UACCGAUUAAGAAAAAAACAAUGGAAGAUCGGUUGGUUUACCGAAUACACUUUUCGGUAUAUAAACAAAAAACUGUCGUACACGAUAAAAAGGCAAAUUCAAAGAUUCAGAUAUCAACUUGCAUCAUCUCGCCUAUUAUAUAUAUUAGCAAAACGGCUUGCGGUUACCCUCAAAGUUUUUGUUUGAAAUAUAGAAGAAAAACAUUUUCUACUUAAAAAGUGUAUAGACGUGCAUGCAUAACAAGUCUGAAAAGAUAUUUUAUUAUUAAUUAACGUAGUAAUUACGUACAGUAUACAUAAAUAUACAGAAACACACUUAAAUAUACUGUUAAACUCUCUUCGUUAUAAGAUUUGAGUACAAAUAAAAUGUCAGCUGCUAGAAAUGAACAGACUGAACAAGAUCGAAACAAUGAAGCAAACAAUUUUAUGCAUGAACAAGAUGGCAUUAUUCUUGAUAAUAAUAUUGAAUCAUAUUAUACUACCUUAUUGUCUAUGUUUCCUUAUGUUGAUUCAAGAUAUAUUAGAGAACUUUGUGAACAUGCAUCAUUUGAUUCUAAUGAAGAUAAUAAGCUGCAAAUGUUUGUUGAUCAUCUUAUUCAUGGUGAUGUAAAACUUAGUUCUGAAGCAAUAGAUAAUGAUAAUGAAGCAAAAAGUAGUGAUAAAAUUUUAACAGAAAUACUUCAGUUGGAUGAAAUAGAGAUAUGUGAGAUUAAAAAGCAAAAUGAAAGAUUGAACAAUGAUUUGCUAACUUAUGAAUUUAUUAAACAAGAUCAAGAAGCUGUAGAUCAAAAAAUAAAUAUUUUAGAGAAUAUCUUGCCUGAUGCUAAUCCUAAAUUUUUGAGGGAUUUCAUUAUAAAUAAUCAUGAAAAUGAUAGGUCAAUGGAAGAAUUUAUUGAAUCAAGUCUUACUAAAAGAAAUUACGAGAAAAGGGAUAAAUAUUAUGCAAACAUGAAGGCAAAUGAGAAAAUUGUGCAGUAUAUAACAGGCUUCAAAGUUGAUGAAUUUGUAAAACAAUUUCCAGAACCAUUUGAAUACUUUGAAAAUAUUGAAAGACAGGGAAGGUUCAAAGAACAAGCUUUUAUUUUUUUAAGAAAAAGAUAUUUGAAUAAUUCAGAGCAGUACUUGUCAAAUGUUUAUUCAGAGACUAACUAUAACUUGAGUCUUGCUGAUAAACAAAUACAACUAGAAACAGGUAUAGGUACAACUAUUGUCAAUAUAGAAUUCGAUGAUACUGUGCUUUUACAGGAAAUAGCAUUUAUUCAAAAUAAAGAUUCAAUCAAACUUUAUUUAGAUUAUAAGAAAAGUGAAGAAGAAAAAGAGUUUGAGAUGUUAAGGACAAAAAAUUUAUUAUUGGAAUGUCAGUGUUGUUUUAAUGAGCUUAAACCAACUGAGUGUAUUGAAUGUGAUAAUAAUCACAUAUUCUGUAUAAGAUGUGUUAAUAAAGGCACAAAUCUAGCAAUUUCAAAAGGUCAUACAUCUGUUCAAUGCUUUUUUGGAUGCGACAGAGAAAUAAGUCUUAAUGUGCUAAGAAAAGUUUUAUCAAGUUCUACUUUUGACAUACUAUUAAAAAAACGACAAGAAGCUGAAAUUAUAGCAGCACAUCUGGAGGAUUUGGUAACUUGUCCAUUCUGCUCAUACCAAAUGGAACUUGCUCCACAAAUAAAAAUCUUCACUUGUAAAAACGUUGAAUGUAUGAAAAUCACAUGCCGUUUAUGCAGAAAAAUAAAUCAUCUUCCUAUUAGGUGUGAAGAUGUACUUGAUGAGCACAAAGGUCGUUUGUACAUUGAAGAAGAAAUGAGUAAAGCCCUUAUAAGGAUUUGCCACAGAUGCCAAAAACCUUUCGUAAAAAGUGUCGGUUGUAAUACAAUGACUUGCAUUUGUGGUGCGCAAAUGUGUUACAUAUGUAGACAACCAUUCACAGUAGAAUAUUCUCACACAAAUUGUAAAAUAAACAGUGACGUUUUCGAUCAAGAGCACGUUGAAGUAAAUCGUACAAAGGCUAUUUCUAAAUUGUGUAAUGAUUUUCCAGAUAUAGACAUACCUAAUGUUUAAAAUAAUCAAGAAAAGUCUUUAUCAAAAUUAGUUAACUACAGAGUUUUUAUUAUUUCGUUUCAGUUCACCAUUAUUGUUACAACUGUAUUUUAUGAAGAUGAAGUUUAUUUAGAGUUACUGAAAUUUUUUAAACAUAUAAUUAAUACAA